ACAUGAACGUGACGUCGGCGUGGUGGGCGGUGACGUCUGCGGUGGGCUGAGAGGGGGCGGGGCGAGCAGCCCGGUUACAGAGACCGGUUUUCGGUGUCAGUGUCCGGGGCUCUGCCGCCUGGCCAUCCGAUGAGGGCUUCCCCAUCCCGCGUCACACUGCCAAGCUGCACGCCGUGGCUCUCCUGAAUCGGGUCUGAGAUGGUGGCCAAGGACUUCAAACGAUUCAUGAAUCACAGAGCGCCAGCAAACAGCCGUUACAAACCAACCUGCUAUGAACACGCAGCCAACUGCUACACACAUGCAUUCCUCAUUGUCCCAUCUAUUGUGGGAAGUGCUUUAUUACACCGCAUGUCCGAUGACCGAUGGGAGAAGAUAACAGCAUGGAUUUAUGGCAUGGGCCUGUGUGCCCUUUUUAUUGUGUCCACUGUAUUUCACAUAGUAACCUGGAAGAAGAGUCACCUCCGAACUGUAGAACACUGUUUCCACAUGUGCGACAGGAUGGUUAUCUACUUUUUUAUUGCCGCAUCUUACGCACCAUGGUUAAACCUGCGUGAACUUGGACCAUUGGCGUCUCACAUGAGGUGGUUUAUUUGGCUGAUGGCUGUAGGUGGAACCAUUUAUGUGUUUCUGUACCAUGAAAAGUAUAAGAUUGUUGAACUGCUUUUCUACUUAGCAAUGGGAUUUUCUCCAGCUUUAGUAGUGACAUCAAUGAACAACACUGACGGUUUACAAGAGCUAGCCUGGGGAGGGCUGAUCUACUGCAUGGGCGUGGUGUUCUUCAAAAGCGACGGGAUCAUCCCUUUUGCACAUGCUAUCUGGCACCUCUUUGUAGCACUUGCAGCUGCCGUACAUUAUUAUGCCAUUUGGAAAUACCUUUACAAAAGUACAUCUUCGGAUCUGAUCCGACACUUAUGACAAAAUGUUGUUGGGGAGGGGAAACUUUAUCAGUAUUACUUGACUCGUUAAAGAAUGUAUGAAAAGGCAAGUGAGGUAUUAUAAUCAAAUGCACUGACUUAUCUAGUUCUCUACAAUGUACUGUGAACAAGAUGUGAAUCUUAAUAGCAGUUAAUAAUGAGGCCCAGGCCUCAGCCAACUGGUUUCCCCUAGCUUGCCUGUUGUAAGGCGCUGCUGCUGACACUAGCCACAAUGUCCUCAGCAGACAGGUCCGUCAGACAAGCUGGGUACUGUAACUGGCUAACCUAAUGUUUACAAAGCAAGAGAUUUUUUUUUUUCCUCUCUCUUUUUUAACUACGUGAUGACUAUACUUUUUAAACAUAGAUGUAUUUCUUUAUAACGUGAAUUCAAACAUUUCAAGAUUUAAAAUGCCAAUAGUUAAAAUGAGGGUAUUUUCUUUCCUCUUUUUCUACAAGCCUUGAAUAAGAAAAAGUACUUACAUUCCAAGAGUUAGCUGCAUAUUGCAUAUGCUUGUAAAAGAUGGAGGUAGCCAUUUUGGAAGCAGUCAUAAUAUAACAUAACGUUAUGAUAGGUAGCAGGCCUGAUUUGCAUCCUCUGCAGCUUGUCUGUAGGCUGGAUAAGGGCAGUAAUGUGUAUAAAUGAUCUGACACUCAUUAAGUAUUUCUACCACUGAAGUCAUUAAUUAGGAAUGUUUUAUGUAUUGCAGUGGUUCUUAAAUCAUGUUAGCGGAUGUUGAUGCUAAAACUGGUGACUCUUAUGGCAUAGCAUUUUAUAGAAACUCAUAGCCAAAUAUUGUCUCACAACAAGUUUGAGUUGAUGAGCCAUUGCAAACCAUUUUGGCUUAAUGAAAGCAAUUACUAUGGAUCCUUUUUAAACAUAGACUUUUAAACGUUAGACUUAUCAUUUGUUCUUUUAUGGACUGUUUUAAGAAUCACAGUUCUCUGUGACCAGUAUUAAGCAAGACUGAGACAUGAUAACAUUUAAGAUUGACUGCAUUUAAAAUGUGCUAAAUGUGCUGGUGUUGUAUUAAUUAGUAUUCAUAAUAACCAAUAUGUUUCUGUUGGUCUUUUACAUUGAACAAGUAAACCAGGGGUCUCUAAACCAUGUUGGGUGCUUUCCCAGUAAGCCCUCGCUGAAAACCUGUUGUGAUCUACUAUACCAAUGGAUGAAUUACUAAUCAUGAUAAUUAAAAGAAAGUAUGUUAUUACUGAAUAAAGCAGAGCAAUUGCUUGCAAAGUUGGUUCAAAUACAUAAUUUGGAGCCCAGUCAGAAAAUAUUGAGAUUCUGUGACCUACAUCAUAAUUCUCAUGAUACAAACUAGUGACGCUCAUUUUCUACAUACUGUACAGAACAUUAUUAAUGCUAACAUUUCAAGAUCCCUACUUCCAUCAUCAUGUUUAUGGACCUUAAUUCAUUUUUUUCAGUGUCUUAUAUUAAGAUGAACAUCUGAUAAACGUUUUGCUUUGUUCUUUUUUUGCACAAUUGUAUAAAAGACAUUUUGCUUUUUGUGAAAUUUAUUCCCGGUAGUCAUUGCUCAUUUGUAUUGGCCAACUUGAUGUAUGUUUUGUUGUUUUUGCAAAUCUUUGAUGUGUACACUGAAAUCUUAAACUACACAUGUGCUCGAGACGAUACUAGCCUGCAGAAGAAGCCACCUGUCGAAAAAACUUACCUCACCCUUUAUCUUUAUUGUGUGUUUUGCUUAUAGCAUUGCUCUCCUAUGCUGCUUCAAAAUACAGCUACAUACACUCAUAGGGGCCAAUUCAAUUGUGGGGGUGUUGUUAGUGCAGCAAUAGCUCUGACUCGAACAAUUUUGGUCACAGCCAUAUAGGGCUGCAUACAAAAUUGUGCAAAUUUGGGGGGAGAUCGGGCCGUGUAUCCAAGCCAUUGCAACAUCAACCUGCACCCUUUGCCCGCAAUUGGAUUGCCUCCAUAGUUACCAAGCUGGCUGCUUGUUGGAACAUUUUGACUUGACUAUUGUGAGCGAGAACUAAACUUGAUCAUAUUGUAUUCCUACCAAUGUCUUGGCUAUAAGCAAAAAAGUGAAAACUAGUACUGUAUGUAAACUGUUGGUUCUUACCCAAUUUUAUUCUCUACCAUCCUACCUACUUUUUUAUUUAUUAAGCAGAUGGUAUGACUGCUCUGUUCCUAUGAGUGUAGGCGUGACAAAUGUUCAUAGCAUCAAAUACUAUUUGCAGCUGCUAGUGAUUACCACAUUGUGCAGAAAAUACAUUUAAUAGGAAUCGCAGUAAUGUUUCCAUUUUUUUUUGUAUAGAGAAAAGACAUCGGUGACAUCCCUGUGGUACUUCAUUACUUAUAGUCAUAAGGCUUGACCAGUAUUCAUGAGACAAUAGUACGGAUUGUUGUGAUAGGCUGCAUUCUCAUGAAUACUGGAUUUACACAGAAAAUGGCUGCCUUUAGAUUAUAAUAAUAAUAAUCAGGCAACCAGUGACUAGAGAAAUCAGUCUACGUUUACUGUAGUUGAAGAUAAAAAAAAUCAUUAGAUAUUUCUAGUAAAAAGACAAGCUUGCAUCACUUUUUCUUUAACUGACAAUUUUUGAUUUUCAUAUGUCUGUCAGUACAGAUUCCAGAAUGGACAUAAACAUUUUCUCUAUGAACAUAAAUUCUUAAAAGUCAGUGUAGAGGGCUGAUGUAGUAUAAAACAAAAAUGUUAUUGUCUUUUAAAGGAAUUCUCAUUUUCUAUAAUUAGCUGCAUUAAAAUGAUUUCUCAUUACACAUAAUUUAUAAUUAGAUAAUAAUACGUUGCUCAAUUCCUUUGCACUUGAAAUCAUCUCUCUUCUUUUGCGUCACUGAAUUAGUAUUGUGUCUUUUGUAUAACCAGUAGGACCUUAAAUAUGAAGAAUGGGCUUAUACUCUCAUACAAUUUUACCAAAUUGCCAAAAAGCAUUACAGUUUCAGCAGUUUGUGGUGUAAAACAUUUGCCUAUUAGAUAAUUUUUCAUUAUAUCUUUAGUAGGUUCAUCUUUUAGUCACAAAAAAAAUGGUUAGUUUACACAAGUGUUCUGUGCCACUAUUGGAAAGUUAUACCGAAAAGCAUUAAUGUGCAAAGUCCAUAGGCCUAAAGAGUAUUCAUAACUUAACCUCUAAAAUAGGCCAGAUAGGGAAUAAACCCUCUUAUGUGAGGCCGGACUGCCUGUAUUUUUCAAGCAGAUUGAUAAACUACGGUAUGUACUAGACAAAUAAUUCUCUGCCAUUAAUAUCCUUUAUCGGGGAAAAAUGAUGAAAAUGGGGGGGGGGGGGGGGGUGCAAUCAAAUUCUAUGGAGAUUACACCUUCCUUUCGUAUUUUAUUUUAUUUUUUUUCACUCCCAAAUGAAUAUGGUAUUCAAAUCAAAGCGAGUUAAAAAAAACAUGCUGUGCUGUGGCUCAUUUCUCACCAGAAGUAAUAGUAAAACAUAUAAUCAUUGUAAAAACAAAUUUGUAUUUAACAGUAUUGCGAAAUUGUGUUUUUUGAAAUACAGAUUUUUUCACAAUAAUAUUUGGUUGCUAUUGUGACCAAAGUGCCAUAUUUUAUGGCAAGCAUUUUUGUUAUCCUCUAUUUUUGCCGUGUAGGCUAAUAAAGGCUUCUAAACGUCCUCCUCCUGAUCCCUAUUGUACCUCUAUCUAGGUUUUGUAUUUUGUAAUGAUCUGUGUUAUGAAUGCAAACAAUCAUCAAUUUUCAUCUGCGUUUCAUAUACUGUAUCUUUCUAACCACUAAAACACACGUAGCUGUUGACCAUGUUUCUGUCUGUUGUAGCAAUUGUCCUUUUUUCCUCUCUUGAAGUAUUAAUAGAAGUCUUUGAAAUGUAACUUCUACAUUUUUUCUGUAUACAUUUUUACUUGGUAUCUUCAUACAUUUGAUUGUAAAUAAUAAAAUAUAAUUAACUUAA